ACCUCUCCAAAUGCGCAAACGUUCCGCCGCGAGCGUCACGCACACCGGGAAUGGACUGCACUAUUAAGGAAGCGCUGGCGGUGGUGAGUGAGGACCAAUCCAUAUUCGAGCCGGCGUUUGGAACGAUGAAGGCUGAGAUGGGAUCUCCGGCGGCUCAGGCCGUGUUCAGACAGGGAUCAGAGGAGGGAACCGAGUCCGAGUGGAACAACACCAGCAACAACACCAAGAAGAACGAGCACGUCAACGGGGCCAGCCGCGGUGAGUCUCCGGUGGAGGUCAGUGCUGCUAAACGGAGUCGCCACAUCAGCAGCACCGACGGAGGGCAGCCGCCGUACCACCCCUCCACCUACCCCGAGCAGAGGAGCAGCCCCCAAAACAGCACCGAGGAGAAGAGGGUCAUCGUCCCCGCAGACCCGGAGGUGUGGACGCAGGACCACGUGCGUCAGUGGGUGGAGUGGGCGAUCAAGGAGUACAGCCUGGGGGACGUGGACGUCUCGCUCUUCCUCUCGCUGGACGGAAAGACGCUCUGCAAGAUGACCAAAGACGACAUGAUGCGUCUCACCUCGGCCUACAACACCGACAUCCUGCUGUCUCACCUCACCUACCUCCGCCAGAGCAGCCCGACGUUCUCGUACCCGACGACCCCCACCAACACACAGCCGCAGCCGAGACUGCAGGUCAAAGCAGAAAACAGUUUUGAGGAGAUCAGCAGGAGAAACAGCUGGACAUCAGGAGCUCUGAGUGUUCCAAAAGGUUCUCCAGUGGAGCAGCAACACAAUCCAGGCAGGAUCACAGAACCCUCACCCCGACUGGCUCAGGAUCCGUACCAGGCGUUAGGACCCAUCAGCAGCCGCCUCGCUAAUCCAGGUUCUGGACAGAUCCAGCUGUGGCAGUUCCUGCUGGAGCUCCUGUCGGACAGCGCUAACUCCGGGAUCAUCACCUGGGAGGGAACCAACGGCGAGUUCAAGAUGACCGACCCGGACGAGGUGGCCAAGCGCUGGGGCGAGCGCAAGAGCAAACCCAACAUGAACUACGACAAGCUGAGCCGCGCGCUGCGCUACUACUACGACAAGAACAUCAUGACCAAGGUCCACGGCAAACGCUACGCCUACAAGUUCGACUUCCAGGGCAUCUCACAGGCUCACCAGAACCACCCCCCCACAGAGGGCGCCGUCAUCAAGUACCCCGCCGAGGGGCCCUACGCCACAUAUCACAGCCACCAGCCCAAAGUGAACUUCGUGGGCCCUCACCCGGGCCCCAUGCCCGUCUCCUCGGGAGGAUUCUUCUCCCCGAGCACCAACUACUGGAACUCGGCCACCGGAGUGGUUUAUCCCAGCUCGCCCAUGCCGCGCCACCCGGCCACGCACUCGCAUUUAAACUCUUACUACUGAAUUCAUUCUGAUCCUUAAUCACGUCCCUCAGCGGGGCCCCGGGGUCCGACCCGCCUCGAGAAGGAGGAGAAGAUCAAGAAAUAAAAACACGGUUUAGAGCCGACGCCCAACCACAACAACACCGUCACGUCAUGAUCAUAAUAACUCAACAAAUAACAAACAAAUCACCUCAAUUAUUCACAUUAUACAGCGGAAGUAUGUGGACAAACCUUUAACCUUGUAGCAACUCUGUCCUGUUUGGACAUGACCCUGUCCCACGACCCCACAGCGACGUCCACAGAGACAUGGCUUUCACACCUUCAGGAUGAAUCAGGGAUGAAUUGGAAUGCUGAAUGUGAGCCAGGCCAUCUCGUCCAUCUCGUGUUACCUACGUUUUAAAGCCGAUGGUUUUGGAACAGGAUGGUCUGGUGUCCAAAUACUUUUGGUCACAAAUGAAACACUCAGACGUUCUUUGGUUCCUCGUUUAAUCUGCCUUUAAAUUCUCAUUAUUACAUGAUCUUAAAAUACAAAUAAUUAAUAAAUAAAAAUAAUUAAUAAAUAAAAAUAAUUAAUGAAUAAAACAAUUAAUAAAUAAAAAUAAUUAAUGAAUAAAAAUAAUUAAUGAAUAAAAUAAUUAAUAAAUAAAAAUAAUUAAUGAAUAAAAAUAAUUAAUGAAUAAAAUAAUUAAUAAAUAAAAAUAAGUAAUUAAUACAUAAAUGAUUGAAUGAGUGAGUGAGUGUUUCCCCCAGUCGAAUUUCCCCGUGUCCAACUGGAGCUUCCCUCUCUUGUUGUUGCCAAACCCGAUCGAGUAGGGCCGAGGCUGCAACACGCCCGCUGAUCGCUUCUUUUCACCUACCAGGGCCCCCUCCCGUGCAGGCACUUUCAGCAAUGAGGAACCCUGUUCAGUCGAUUGAGUGUCUGUGUGGGCACCCGUCCUGCUGGUAGCACAUCUGACAUUCAGAUUAGAGAGUUUGAGAUGUCAGCACUGGUGGGUUUGCACGUUUUCUAGCUGCGCCACCUAGUGUCUCUAAAUGGAAUUAGACCCUUCACCAGACUAACCAGGUUCAAUUAAGAUUAGCAGAAAUUAAAGAGAUAUUUCAGCCGAAUAAAAUUUUAAACACAUUAUUAUUAUUAAAUAUCAACUCCAAACUUGACAGACAGAAUCCCAGCAGUCGCUUUCUGUCAAGAUUGGGAUUCGAUCUGAGGACCUUCUGGUAAAUAAAACAUGACGUUAUUAAAUAAAACCUGGGGUGAUGAACCUUCUAUCAGUUGUAGCAGUUACAGUAAUGAACAUCUGCAUUAGGUUUGUACAGCACACACACACACACACACACACACACACACAUACACAUACACACACACACACACACACAUUCACACACACACACACACAGGCUGGGGUGUAAAUAUUUUUGGGGACGUCCUCAGACCCCCCAGGUCUGUAUGAAAUGUUCCUCUGUAUUAUUGUUCUGAUGUUUGUGUCGCUGUACAGAAUCAUCAUUAUUAAAGUGACUUCUUUAUUUCAUAUUGUACCGUUUUAUAACCAAUAAAAGAAUUUCAUUAAUCUCA